CGAGGGAAGAGGAGGCGGCGGCGGCAGCAGCAGCGCGGAGGGGGUCGCGGCGUGAGGGGCUCGCAGGCCGCAACGGCCCCGCUUCCCCCGCUCAGCCUCAUGUGAGCCGCCCCGCGCCGGGGCCAGCGAGCACGGCCAUGAAGAAGGACGUGAGGAUCCUGCUGGUGGGGGAACCCAGAGUUGGGAAGACAUCGCUAAUUAUGUCUCUUGUCAGUGAAGAAUUUCCGGAAGAGGUUCCACCCCGUGCUGAAGAAAUCACCAUUCCAGCUGAUGUUACCCCAGAAAGAGUGCCAACCCACAUAGUGGAUUAUUCAGAAGCAGAGCAAAGUGAUGAGCAGCUUUACCAUGAAAUAUCACAGGCAAAUGUAAUUUGCAUAGUAUAUGCUGUUAACAACAAGAAUUCUAUUGAUAAGGUAACAAGCCGAUGGAUUCCUCUCAUCAAUGAAAGGACAGACAAAGAUAGCAGGCUGCCUCUUAUAUUAGUUGGAAACAAAUCUGAUCUAGUGGAAUAUAGCAGUAUGGAAACUAUCCUUCCCAUUAUGAAUCAAUAUACAGAGAUAGAAACCUGUGUAGAGUGUUCAGCAAAAAACUUGAAGAAUAUAUCUGAGCUAUUUUAUUAUGCACAGAAAGCUGUUCUGCAUCCUACAGGUCCUCUGUAUUGCCCAGAGGAGAAAGAGAUGAAACCUGCCUGUAUUAAAGCACUCACUCGUAUUUUUAGAAUUUCUGAUCAGGAUAAUGAUGGUACUCUCAAUGAUGCAGAGCUCAACUUCUUUCAGAGAAUUUGUUUUAAUACACCAUUGGCACCUCAGGCUUUGGAGGAUGUAAAGAAUGUAGUCAGGAAAAAUCUAAGUGAUGGUGUUGCUGAUAAUGGAUUAACAUUAAAAGGUUUCCUUUUUCUACACACACUCUUCAUUCAGCGAGGAAGACAUGAAACAACUUGGACUGUUUUACGUCGCUUUGGAUAUGAUGAUGACUUAGAGCUCACGCCAGAGUACCUGUUUCCUCCGCUAAAAAUUCCUCCAGACUGCACAACGGAAUUAAAUCAUCAUGCAUAUUUGUUUCUCCAAAGCAUUUUUGAUAAACAUGAUUUGGAUAGAGAUUGUGCUUUGUCUCCUGAUGAACUGAAAGAUUUGUUCAAAGUCUUCCCUUAUAUGCCAUGGGGACCUGAUGUUAACAACACUGUUUGUACAAAUGAAAGGGGAUGGAUUACAUACCAAGGGUUUCUCUCUCAGUGGACACUAACCACAUACUUAGACGUACAACGCUGCCUGGAGUACCUGGGUUAUUUAGGCUACUCCAUACUUGCAGAACAAGAAUCUCAAGCAUCAGCAAUUACAGUAACUAGAGAUAAAAAAAUAGACCUCCAGAAAAAGCAGACUCAAAGAAAUGUUUUCCGAUGCAAUGUUGUUGGAAUGAAAGGCUGUGGGAAAAGUGGAGUUCUUCAGGCUCUUCUUGGAAGAAAUCUAAUAAGACAGAGGCAAAUACGUGCAGAACACAAAUCUUACUAUGCCAUUAAUACAGUCUAUGUGUACGGACAGGAAAAAUACUUGCUGUUACAUGAUGUCAGUGAUUCUGAAUUUUUAACUGACACUGAGACCAUAUGUGAUGCUGUCUGCCUGGUAUAUGAUGUCAGUAACCCUAAGUCCUUUGAGUACUGUGCCAGGAUUUUUAAGCAGCACUUUAUGGAUAGCAGAAUACCUUGUUUAGUGGUAGCUGCAAAGUCUGACUUGCAUGAAGUUAGGCAGGAAUAUAGCAUUUCCCCUGCUGAAUUCUGCAAAAAACACAAAAUGCCUCCACCUCAAGCCUUUACUUGUAAUACUGUUGAUGCUCCAAGUAAGGAUAUCUUUGUUAAACUGACGACGAUGGCAAUGUAUCCCCAUGCCCGGUUACGCUGUAUGUGCGCCUGCAACAGGUGUACAUUUUGCAUCUGUCAGAACUUCCUCAACUCAGACUUGCUGCAAUCUGUAAAGAACAAACUCUUCACUGCAGUUCUUAACAGGUUAAGACCCUACAUAGAUGAGUUGGGUGCCAUGCUGUUAGCAGACGAGGAGAGCAGUAUUAUGCAACAGGUGCACGCCGUCAACUUUGUAGAAGAUUCCAUCUUCAUGGAGUCAUCUCUUGGUCCACGUUUACUUGAAGACAGGCAUGUGACACAAGCAGACCUCAAGAGCUCUACAUUUUGGCUUCGAGCAAGUUUCGGUGCUACUGUCUUUGCAGUUUUGGGUUUUGCUAUGUAUAAAGCGUUAUUAAAACAACGAUGAUCUGAGAAGAAGCACAUCUGCCCCUACCAAAUAAAAAUAUACUUUUAUGUACAUUCUGAAUGCUUUAAAUUCUGCUAGGAAUAUUUAUAUAUGCAGAGUUACUUUAUUAAUAUUUGUAAUUCAUGCAUAAGAUUAUUUUAACUUAUAGUUCUAAUUACAGUAUUGCAUAAAGUGUGGGAAAAAAAGAAUUGCAUCUUAGCCAGCUAAAAUGGCUUAAUUUAUGAGGCCAAAAGGGAAUUUGCUGUAAAUAACUUGUACAUACUAAGGCAGUAAGGACAUGGCUUCCCCAAAAGUUACUCAAAAUACUGUUCUUAGAUGUUUCACCAUAGUGACAUGAUAGUGUAUAAUUGAAAUUCAUUUUCAGUAGAAUAGGUUCAACUCAAGGAUCACUGUUCCUCAAGGAUUGCUUAUUUAUUACAAAUUCAUCUGAAGGGACUUCAUCUUUUGUGACUAAUCUGUACCAGGCAGAAUUUGUGAUUUUUUUUCUUAUCUAUUUUUUUUUAACUGAAAAAAAAAAUUUACCCACUGAACUAUGUAUUUCAAGAGAAAAAAAAAGUCACUAUGGCUGACUUGGCCUAUAAUUUUGUAUCUUGUAAGAUCAGUGACAUGUUUAGCAGUCUAAGAGUUCUUUUAAAAGGAAAACAGUAAACUUCAAAAACUGCCAAGCCAACUUCAUAUGCUCUGUGUAAUUCUGUUUUUUUCAUUUUCCACUGUUACAUUUUAUAACCCUUACGAAUCAGAUGAGAAGAUUUAUAUAUUGUAAAUGUUUAUAAUUCAGAAAGUGUUGUUGUUUAAUUUCUCACAUCUGUAAAUCAUACUUGCUAAGCUGUGUAUGAGCUAGAGCGAAGUAGUACACAGUGCCUAUUCUGCUGUAGGGUAUUAUUAGUUGCAUGGUUCACAGUGCAUUCGGUAACUGCCUAGAAUUACCUGUAGACACAGCUUUUUUAAUGAUCAAGCAAAUCUAACAUUAUUCCUCAUGACAAACCUAUUUUUCCAUCACUGGCCUUUUCAAGUAUUUCAAUAAAAAUAACUGUGUACUGUG